AAGGACAGUUUAGGGUUCGCUUCCUGUGUGCGCUUCGAUCCUUUUUUCCUUUUCCUCGCUUCCUUCUUUAUUUUUGGCGAUUGAAAGACGAGCUGUGCGCGUUUAAUCUAGGAAGUUGGCUUGUGAUAGUGGUCCUUCAAGCAAGCAAAAAUUUCAGUCAACUAGAAGGAUAAGAAAUUUCAGAGCAUAGAUUACUGUAAUAAAUCAGGUUAAACCAAAAUCAAGAAAAUGGGAGAGCCCUUUGGGGGCUCUUUAGAUCGAGGAAUGGUAAAUGGAGGUUCAAAUACAGAAGACGAAUUGCACCACAUGUACAGGUCAAGCUGGUAUUUUAAUAAGGAAGAGAUAGAAAAGAACUCUCCCUCGAGGAAAGAUGGUAUUGAUCAGAUGAAGGAAUCACAACUACGAAUGUUCUACUGUUCAUUCCUUAGGGAUAUUGGCAUCAAGCUUCGCCUGCCACAAGUCACCACUGCAACAGCAAUUGUAUAUUGUCAUCGCUUCUAUCUCCAUCAAUCCCAUGCAGAGAAUGAUUGGCAGAAGAUUUCUCACAAUUUAGAGAAAUAUGACAAGCUCGAGGGCUCCAUCUUUAUAAUAAAAUUCUGUACUGUUGCAACUGCAUGCAUGUUCCUUGCCUCCAAAGUAGAAGAGACACCAUGUCGUUUGGACAAGAUUGUCGUCAUUGCAUAUGAGACAAUGCAUAAAAGUGAUCCUAGUGCUGCAGGGAGAAUUCGUGAAAAGGCUACCUUCCAGAAACAAAAGGAUCUUGUUUUGAUUGGGGAAAGAGUGCUUCUAUCAACAAUUCGAUUUGAUUUCGAUGUGCUUCAUCCUUACAAGCCACUUCUCCAAGCUCUGAAGAAAUUUGGGAUUACUCAAAGAGAAGUUAGGCAAACUGCAUGGAACCUUGUGAAUGACUGGCUUUGGACAACAUUUUACGUACAAUAUAAGCCCCACUAUAUAGCAGCCGGUUCUCUUUUUCUUGCCGCUAAGCUCCAUAAUAUAAAGCUUCCUUCAGAAAGGGGUUAUGUCUGGUGGCAUGAGUUUGAUAUUAUCCCUCGCCAAUUAGAAGGGGCAAUUCAGGAAAUGUGUCAACUUUUGCAAUGCAAUCGAAAAUCCUCUGUAACUUCGUUCGGGCAGCCAGUACAAGCUCCUGUAGCAAUCAACGAGAAGCAGUUCUCAAGCAGUCCUGAUUCUGUUUUAAGAACAACAUGCAUCUCCAGUAAAAGCUCAAGUCAAAAUUCUGAUGCUGAUCUUAACAGCCAUAAACACACAGAUUCAGAUUGUCAUAUCCAAACUAACUUCUCAAGUUCUGAGAAAAAAAAGAUUUAUUUGGAGUGUAGAACGGGACCUCAGUGCCAUAAGACUGGUACUGACAUUCCAACUGCUGCUGCUAAGCAUAAUGGUACAUCAGUGGAUAAACAAUCAAUGAGAAAAAGGGAGCACAUACAGAGUACGUUUGGUGAAAUCGACAAGGAUCGCAUUCAAGCAACUAUUAAGAGGAAAAGGGAAAGAGAAGUUCCAGUGGUUGAACCAUCUUCAAAGAAACAAUUGUGUAUACACUAAAGAUUUAUCUGGCAUCCUGCUUUUGUAACCUAUAGAAACAGCUUUACUUGUUAGGAAGAGUAAACUUCGGAUGGAUCAUUUCUGAUACAUUGACAUUGAAGUCCUCACAAAAUUUCCACUUUUCCCUCAUAUAUAACCAUCUCUGGAGCAAUAUUGCUGCACAAUUCUUCAGGCAAUUACCAAAAAAUCAUCUGUAUGCAUACAACUGUGUUUCAUUGUUCACUUGUAAGUUUGACCAUGUAAAUGCAAGAAAACAAUUGUUGGUAUA